AUUUAAAAAAGAUAAAGACGAUUUAAUAAAUGGCCCGACAGGAUUAUUUUUCUAGUCAUUUUAAGCAAAAAUGGCCAAAACGACCAAUUUUUACUUUUACUACACGGCGUGCGUGGUGAAUUUGAUUGCUUUCACUGCCGGUCUUGCCUACGGCUUGGCGUCCCCUCUUCUCCCGAGACUCAACGGAAGUGUGGACCCUGAUAACAACCCAUUGGACCCACCCGCAACCCCCUCCGAAGAGUCUCUAAUCGCGUCUUUAGUCUCACUGGGGGCCAUUUUCGGCCCCCUUUUUGCCGGUCUUCCUGUUGAUCAAAUCGGCCGGAAGAAAACUCUCCUAAUCGUGGCUUUGCCCAUGAUUACAUCAUUCCUUAUCAUGGCUUUCGCCCAUUCGGUGGUACUUUUCUACAUUGCGCGUUUGAUAAUGGGUGUGGGGGCUGGAAGCAUCUAUACAAUUUUACCCAUGUACUUAGGUGAAAUCUCCGAGGACCACAAUCGGGGCACUUUAGGGUGUCUCAUGUCGACUUUCAUCGCCUCGGGGUUGCUUUUUGUUUACACAGUGGGGCCUUUUGUCACAAUCCGGAGCUUUUGUUUAAUGUGUUUGGUGCCCCUGGGGGCGUUUUUGGUGUUAUUUGGGGUGUGGGCCCCUGAGACGCCUCAAUUUUUGGCUUUGAAGGGCGACGAGGAGGGUUUGAAGGGGUGUUUAUCCAAAUUGAGGAGUGUGGGGGAGGUUGAUAAGGAGAUUUUGAGGAUUAAGGAGAGUCUCAACCGGAAUCGAGGAGGUUUGAGGGAGUUGUUCCAGUCAAGGGCUAGUCGCAAAGGUUUGGUUAUAACCGUUGGUUUCAUGGUUUUGCAACAACUGGCAGGUAUCAACGCAGUCAAUUCGUACUUGCAUACGAUUUUCGAUGCAACAGGAAGUGGCCUUUCACCGGAAAUCUCCUCAAUCAUUAUAGGAACCGUUCAAGUCUUCACCACGAUGUUAACAUCCUCGCUUGUAGACAAAUCAGGUCGGAGAAUUCUUCUUUUACUUUCAGUGAUCGGUUCAGGUGUUUCUCUUGUUUCACUCGGGUUGUAUUUCCACCUCAAAACCAACAAUUUCCAAGUCGAUACACUCUCCUGGCUUCCAGUAAUGAGUUUAGUUGUUUUUAUUAUCUCGUUUAAUAUCGGUUUGGGGCCGAUUCCUUGGGCCGUCAUGGCGGAAUUGUUCCCACCAAAUGUUAAAUCAAUUGCUUCGACUUUCUCAAGUAUUGUGUGUUUUAUCGGGGCUUUUACUAUCACCUUAUUUUUUCCAUCGUUAGCAGAAGUGCUAGGUAUGGCACAAGCGUUCUGGUUCUUUGCCACUUUUUGUGCCCUGGGGGCCGUUUUCAUCUAUUUUAUCCUACCGGAAACAAAGGGAAAGAGCUUGCAAGAAAUUCAAACGCUUUUGGACAAAAAUUUUAUAAAAUAAAAUACUUUUUUAUUUAUCUAUAAUGAAUUUUAUUGUCUGUGAUAGGAAAUUGCAACUUAACAGUGUUUAAAUAAAUAAUAGCUU